GGAAGGUAAAGGGGACACUUCCUCCACCAGUCACUCGUUAUGAUCUCGAUCUCUGAUCAAUUCAAUGGCGCUAAGCUGAAAAUUGGAGUGGAGUAUCAUAAUCAGAUUCCUAUUACAGUCACUGGCUGAUCUAAUCGGGGAAGAAGGCGGAGAUGUCGGCGGAAGAGAGUUGCUGCACGGCGAAAUUCUCCGUGUACGUAUUGGUGUGCAUCGGACUGGUGGCGUUCGCCGGUCUCAUGGCCGGUCUGACUCUAGGCCUCAUGUCUCUUGGCCUCGUUGAUCUCGAAGUUCUCAGCAAGUCCGGCCGCCCACAAGAUCGCAUUCAUGCCGCUAAGAUUCUUCCGGUUGUGAAAAAUCAACACCUUUUGCUGUGUACACUCUUGAUUGGCAACUCUUUAGCAAUGGAGUCUCUUCCGAUAUUCUUGGACAAGCUUGUUCCUUCAUGGGCAGCAAUUCUGGUGUCUGUUACACUGAUUCUCAUCUUUGGUGAGAUUUUGCCCCAAGCAGUUUGCACUCGCUAUGGAUUGACAGUCGGUGCAACGGUAGCACCCUUUGUUCGUCUCCUUCUUUGGGUCUUCUUCCCGAUCGCUUAUCCAAUAAGUAAGGUUUUAGAUUGGAUGUUGGGAAAAGAUCGUUCUGCCCUUCUGCGCAGAGCAGAGCUGAAAACUUUUUUUGAUUUUCAUGGAAAUGAGGCUGGGAAAGGAGGUGAUCUCACUCAUGAUGAAACAACUAUUAUUGCCGGAGCUCUUGAGCUCACAGAGAAAACUGCUAAAGAUGCGAUGACCCCAAUAUCAAAAGCAUUUUCUGUUGAUCUUGAUGGAACCCUUAAUUUGGAGACUCUCAAUUCUAUAAUGACAAAGGGCCAUAGUAGAGUGCCUGUAUACUAUAAAAACACAACCAAUAUUGUUGGGCUUAUUUUGGUCAAGAAUCUUUUGGCGGUGAAUCCAGAAGAUUCAGUUCCUAUAAAGAAAAUGACCAUAAGAAAAAUACCUAGGGUUUCAGAAAAGAUACCUUUGUAUGACAUUCUAAAUGAAUUCCAAAAGGGCCACAGUCACAUUGCUGUUGUUUACAAAGAUGUGAACGAGACAAUAGAUACCCGGACCAACAAGUUUAAAGAUGGCGUUGAGAAUUCAGGAUUUAAAUCCAUUCCGAAUGAUGCUGAGAAGGCGACCGAAGAUCAAAUUCCUGCUUUCAAGAAGAGACACAGAGGUUGCUCGUUUUGUAUUUUAGAUUUGGAUAAAACUCCCAUUCCCGAAUUCCCUCCUAAUCAAGAGGUUGUGGGUGUGAUUACCAUGGAAGAUGUCAUUGAGGAGCUUCUCCAGGAGGAGAUACUGGAUGAAACUGAUGAAUACGUGAACAUUCACAACAAGAUAAAGGUAAAUAUGAAUGCUUCACAGACAAUUCUGCCAUCUGGUUCUGCCACUACAGAUCCUCCUCAAUGAUAACCUCAAGAAUAGUAGCAGCAAAAGUGUACAGGUUCCUGUGUAAGAAGAAGAUGGAUGGCAAGAAAUUGAACCCCAGGAGUGGUAGGUUCCCUGGGCCAUUAUUUUGCAAGUUAAUGAUGCUUUGGUCUGACCUGAAAUCUUGAAUAUACUGGAAAUAGAGGAGAUAUGACUGAUGUACAAGUACUAACCUUUUAGGAGUUGCCAUUAUUUCUUUAUCCAGUGAAUGCCUCUAUAGGUGCAUGGGUGUAUUCUAUCUAGAAAUCACAAGCAUUUGUAAUCUUAGCAGUUUAAUACCAGGAACUUCAAAGAAAGGCAGAAAUAAGAGAAGUUGAUUGUGUCAUUUUAAUUUGAAUAAAGCUAGGGGUACACU